CCGGCCAAGAUAUGGAAGCGGAACACAGCAGCUCCUUAGAGUAUACACCAACAUGGAUAGUUGCCAUUGUCUGCUUCAUUAUCGUUUUCAUGUCUUUUUCCGCUGAGCGCGGUCUUCAUCGACUUGGGAAGUUCUUGGAGCAUAAGGAUCAACAUCAACUAUAUCAAGCCUUACAAAAAUUAAAGGAAGAACUGAUGCUUCUAGGGUUCAUUUCCCUUCUAUUAACGGUCUUUCAAGGUUUAAUAAGUCGCAUAUGCGUACAUAGUCAAGUUACCUCUUUCAUGCUUCCGUGCAAGAGGGACACUAUUUCCUCGAAUGGUUCCGAGCAUUACUCUCAUCUAAAUACACACAAUCGACGAAGGCUUUUGUCUGAAGAGGCUAAUUCAGGGCAGUGCCUACAUGAGGGAAAGGUUCCAUUGGUAUCAUUGGAAGCAUUACACCAGCUGCACAUUUUCAUCUUUGUACUGGCAGUAGUUCAUGUGAUCUUCUGUGUCACUACUAUGAUUCUUGGAGGAGCCAGGGUACGUCAGUGGAAGGCCUGGGAGGAUUCAAUUCGAAAAUCAGGGAAGGAUCGGCAAAACAGCAAUACUGCUCCUGGUCACCAAGAGUUCUUCAAACAACGUGCAGCUGGAAAAUGGAGAAAGGCAGCUAUUGUUAGUUGGAUGAUAUCGUUCUUCCAACAGUUUUAUGGCUCUAUUACCAAGUCAGACUACAUUGUACUGCGACAAGGUUUCAUCAAGAAUCACUGCCCAGGUAAUCUUGAAUAUGAUUUUCAAAAGUACUUGAUGCGGACGCUUGAAUUUGAUUUCAAAAAAAUUGUUACCAUAAGCUGGUACCUGUGGCUGUUUGUUGUGGUUUUCUUACUGCUGAAUGUGGCAGGAUGGAACUCGUAUUUUUGGUUAUCCUUUUUGCCUUUGAUCAUACUACUUUUUGUGGGCGCUAAGUUAGAAAAUAUAAUCACCCGUUUGGCUCGGGAGGUAGUGGAGGAGAAUGAACAUGAACUUGAAGCACAGCAGGUCACAGGGAGGAGGAGAGACCCUGAAGCAGCACCGGUGAAGCCAUCAGAUGAGCACUUUUGGUUUGGUCGCCCUGCCAUUGUUCUUUACUUGAUUCAAUUCAUUUUGUUUCAGAAUUCAUUUGAGAUUGCCUUCUUCUUCUGGAUCUUGUGCACAUACGGAUUCAAAUCAUGCAUCAUUGAAAAAUUGGGCUUCAUCGUCACAAGACUUAUUAUGGGUGUGAUUGUUCAAGUGCUGUGCAGUUACAGCACCUUGCCUUUGUAUGCUCUUGUGAGCCAGAUGGGUAGCUCGUUUAAAGAAGGCUUCUUUAACGAUGAUGUGGGAUUAGCUUUAAAAUCAUGGGCUAUAACUACAACAAAGGAAAGCGCAGGGAGUCAAACACAAAUGGAUAAAAUGGCUCGAGAAUCACCUCAAAGUGCUCAAAUUUCAGAGCAAGCAAUGGUUGUGAUUGAAGAAACUACGACAUCAGUAGCACCUGAUCUCCCCUCUGUAGCCCAACGUCCUUUUCCAUUAUCUUAACUUACUUCAGAGAUAUCCUACGUAUUCAGUUUCAUAAUGUAUAAGGAUAUAUAAGAUAUUUUGCUUCACUUUCAUGAAAAAGGGGCAUAGCUUGUCAACAAUAAUAAAGGUCCAUUACGACCCUUUUUUU